AUGGCUGGCCAUUUGUGUAUGCCCUCGGCGUGGGGUACUCAUGUGUACGGGGCGCUGGCUCUUCUUAAGCUCCAGACAACUCACGUUGACUCUCCCCUAUUCCGCAGUAUGUACUUCUUUGUCCAGAAGAACGUGCUUUUCCUUCUUUCAAUUCAACUUCGCGCCUCCUCUAUCCUACCUGCAUCAUCAGAUACCAGCCAGAUCAGAAAGCGAAUGGCUACAUUGGUGGAUGAUAAAUGCGCAACUGUGCCUUAUCUUCUGGGCAAGGAUCUCUGCAAGAUGAACCACCAAUUAGUCACCAGCCACAGAACGCUGUACAUCUCUUUGCUGACCUCAGGUUCUACUGUUAAGUAA